AUGGGGCACCCCACGGCCACGCUGCUGCUGCUGCUGCUGCUCCCCGCGGCCGCCUCGGCCUCCUGCUUCUCCUCGGUGCCGGCCACGGAGGAGGAUUUCUCCAACCGCACGACGCAGUGCAGCGAGCUGGACUGGGGCAUCUUCGGGCAGCAGCGCCGGCUGCUCCUGGCCCACAACGGCAUCGGCGCCGUGCGCCCCACGUCCCGCGUGGGAUCAACGCUGGAGGAGCUGGACCUGUCGCACAACGAGCUGCAGUGGCUCCCCGACGCCUUCCUGGAGCGGGCGCAGGGGCUGCGGCGGCUCCUCCUGGGGCACAACCGGCUGCGGGAGCUGCCCGACGGCUUCUUCGCCCGCGCGGCCGCCCUGCAGAGCCUGGAGCUGCAGGACAACCCCCUGUCCGCCGUCCCCGCCAGCGCCUUCCACCCCAGCCUGAGCCUCCUGGCCGUGCCGUGCCGCUGCGACGUGGUGGGCAGCGUGCUGGCCGCCUGCGCCGACAACCGCACGUGCCUCUGCGACGCGCCCGACGGCACCUUCAACGUCUCCAGUUUCCACGAGCGAGAGUGCCGGGGAGGCUCGGGGGUAGUGGCCGCCGCAGUCGGGGCCACCGCCGCGGUGGCCGUGCUGGUGGCGGUGACCGUCGGCGUCGUGGUGUGCCGCCGGAGGAGGAAGGCGGCCGCCGCGGGAUGGGGCAAGCGGGAGUCCGCCGGGGCCCACGGGCAGCCCCGGUACAUCAGCCACGGCGCUGAGAGCGGCCCCGCCGCUGCCACCGCUGCUGUGGGUGCGAGCGUGGCGCCCGACUACGAGAACGUCUUCAUCAGCCCCUGCGUGGUCCCGGGAGUGGCCCCCGCGCACAGCAGGACGCCGGAGUGGCAGCGGGCGCAGUACAGCCCCCAGGUGCCCGCGGACGACACCUAUUUCAUGGAGAGCGAUGCCGGGGAGCAGCCCAUCUACGCCAACACGGGGACCCCCAGCGAGGAGGUCUACGUCGUCCCCGACAAGUGA